AUGUCGCUGUGUGCCGAAGAGUUGAGAACGGGUCGCUCGGUUGUCCCCGCUGCAGAGGGCUGGACCGGGUGCGCUGCUAGCGAUCUUCUUCGGGGCGAGUGGGUGCUUCUGGGGCGCUCCGUCUUCGGAGUUGCGAACUUGUCUGGUCUUGGAAAGCAGAGGCUGGUAUUAGAAACGGGCAUUAGCGCUGCAAAUGAAAGCAUAGCUGUGAAGUGGUACACUACCUUUAUUCCUCAUCUGAUAACUGUCUACCUUGCUGAAACCAGCACAUAUGGAUCUUAUUUCAGUUUUUACAUGAUGUUUGUUAAGGUUAAACUGGGAAAUUACCGCUUCAUGAAACUUUUACUGGCCCGUAGAGGGAACUGGAUGCAGAAGGACUUAGAGGAUAUGACACCAUUACAUUUAACUACACGUCACAAAAGCCCAAAAUGUUUAGCAUUGUUGCUGAAACAUAUGGCACCUGGAGAAGUGGAUACCCAGGACAGAAACAAGCAAACUGCGUUGCAUUGGAGUGCCUACUACAAUAACCCGGAGCAUGUGAAACUUCUCAUAAAACAUGAUUCAAAUAUUGGAAUCCCUGAUAUUGAAGGAAAAAUCCCACUUCACUGGGCAGCUAACAACAAGGACCCCAGUGCAAUUCACACAGUGAAAUGUAUUCUGGAAGCUGCACCUACAGAAUCUCUACUUAACUGGCAAGACUAUGAAGGACGAACUCCCCUUCAUUUUGCAGUCGCUGAUGGGAAUGUAGCGGUUGUUGAUGUCCUGACCUCCUACGAAGGCUGCAAUGUGACAUCUUAUGACAACUUGUUUCGAACUCCCCUUCACUGGGCAGCCUUACUUGGUCAUGCACAGAUUGUCCAUCUCUUACUAGAAAGAAAUAAAUUUGGAACUAUCCCAUCUGAUAGUCAAGGUGCAACACCCCUACAUUAUGCAGCACAGAGCAACUUUGCUGAAACAGUUGAAGUAUUUUUGAAACAUCCUUCUGUAAAAGAUGACUCAGAUCUUGAGGGGCGAACAUCCUUCAUGUGGGCAGCUGGCAAAGGCAGUGAUGAUGUCAUUAGGACUAUGCUGACUUUAAAAUUGGAUAUUGAUAUCAAUAUGACAGACAAAUAUGCUGGCACAGCAUUACAUGCUGCUGCCCUUUCUGGCCACGUCAGCACAGUGAAAUUGUUGUUGGAACAUAACGCACAGGUAGAUGCUUUGGAUGUCAUGAAACAUACCCCGCUUUUCCGAGCCUGCGAGAUGGGACACAAAGAAGUGAUACAAACACUCAUUAAAGGAGGAGCAAGAGUAGAUUUGGUGGACCAAGAUGGCCAUUCGCCCCUUCACUGGGCAGCCCUGGGGGGAAACGCUGACGUCUGCCAAAUCUUGAUAGAAAAUAGAAUCAACCCUAAUGUGCAGGAUUAUGCAGGUAGAACACCUCUGCAGUGUGCUGCUUAUGGAGGUUACAUUAACUGCAUGGUAGUGUUACUGGAAAACAAUGCAGAUCCAAAUAUUCAGGAUAAAGAGGGAAGAACUGCUUUGCACUGGCUCUGUAACAAUGGCUACCUUGAUGCUAUAAAGUUGCUGCUUGGGUUUGAUGCUUUCCCUAAUCAUAUGGAGAACAGCGAGGAGAGGUACACUCCACUUGAUUAUGCCUUGCUUGGUGAACACCAUGAAGUGAUUCAGUUCAUGUUAGAACAUGGGGCUCUGUCUAUAGCUGCCAUACAGGACAUUGCUGCUUUCAAAAUUCAGGCUGUCUACAAAGGAUACAAAGUUAGAAAGGCUUUCCAAGAGAGGAAGAAUCUUUUAAUGAAACAUGAACAGCUGAGAAAAGAUGCUGCUGCCAAGAAACGUGAAGAGGAAAGUAAGAGAAAAGAAGCCAAACUGCAGAAAGGGAUGCAGUGCGUGGAACAAAAUAGGUUUAGAGUACAACAGAAUCCUGCAAAUCGAGAGAAGACUACCAGCAUCUCGCAGUUACCUAAUAAACCAGCUGAUAUACAGAAUAAGAGACCUCUAUCCCUCAACGCUUCACAAAUUCAAUCGGGGAGAAACAGUAGAGGUUCACCUAAAGCUUGUCACAACAAAGGAACACCAAGGGAGAGUUGCCUGUCAGCAGAACCUCAGAGUGAAGGUCAUAAAAUCAGGCAAGAUUCAUUGAGGAAACACACCAAAAGCAAGCCAAGUUAUGUCCAUUUCGAUUGUGGCAAAGCAAAAGAGGGAACAAAAGUUGAAGUGAAACAUCAAGUUGCGGCUGCUACAGAACCGGGUGGAGAAAAGCACAAGGAGCACACCAUUGAGGCAGCGGGUACUUGUGCUCGAAGGAGCAGAAGGCAUGCUUCUGCUUGUAGGACUGCUAAUGGUGGGGAGAAGCUAAGAGAUCAGAGUCAGUCUUCAUCUGGCAAAAGGGACCACUGUGAAGGAACGGCUGUGUUCUUCUGCAACGUCGGUUGUACUGGUGGAAUUGUGAAAAAUUCAAAGCAGUGUGAAGCUGCUUCCAAAGGCAAAAGGCAUCAGCAGAAAUCCAGAAAUAAAGAGGUAAAUGAUGAGCGAUGUUCCCCAGCUGGCUCUAGUAGACCAGGAAGUGCCAAAACGGUAUUUGUAAACAGCAGAAAUGACAGCGUGCAUGCUGUAGAACAAAGUAACAAAGUGGGAAAUAACGAGUUAGCAAAAAAGGCCUCUCCUUUAUUGUCGGCUGAGGCAGAAUCUAUGGGAAGUGUGCCAAGAAACCCAGCAGCAUGUUCUGCUCCUGAUGACAGUUUGAACUUGGAAAAAACAGGCAUAAUUGGAUCCAGGAAUGCAGAUGAUCAAUUAUGUUCUGUCGCGUGGCAAAGUACGAAUAUUGAACUAAUCCCUUUAGAGAUUCGAAUGCAGAUUAUAGAAAAAGAAAGAAAAAGAAAAGAGCUGUUUCGGAAGAAGAACUACGCUGCCACAGUCAUCCAGAGGACAUGGAGAAGUUACCAGCUAAGACAGGAGUUGUUUCAGCUUCUUAGUGCUAAGCGGCAGUGCAAAGAAGAUGAAGACAAAUGGAGACAAGAGACAGCUGCCUUCUUCAUUCAGGUUGCUUGGAAGAAACAGCUGAACCAUAGCCCUCUGAAAUCAGCUCCUUCAUGUAAAAAUCUGAAAUCUAUAAACAAAACCAGCUCAGCCAUAAAAAACAGCAAGCAGUCCAUCCUUAAGCAGAUAUAUGGACGUUCUCAGGAAGGCAAAGUGUAUCAGCCAACAAGACCUCCUUCUAAGCUGAAACUUUCUGAUGUGCAGCUGGUCUCAGGUGCCUGGAGUAGGUCAGAAUGGACUGUUCAGUUUGAUUCUUCUCUUCCAGAAGUAAGCAACCUACAGUGUGCUAAUUUGCUGGAGAACAUGGGAAAAUCAAAGCAAUUUUCAUACAACCUGAGACCAACCACUGCUGCAAAAUCAAAAAAUACAAGACUCAAGCACUAA